AUGGGUCAACGACUCUUCUCACAAUUCCAACAACCCGAAACACCCGACUACAAAGUAGAACCCAUACCGAGGGACCUGAUACCCAGUCUUGGUCAAUCAAAGCAACAAAUUUUAUGGCUUGGAUGCUCUGAUAGCGGAUAUGAAGAGACAACCACGUUAAAUAAUCUUCUUGAGGAUGAGAUGAUCGUCGUGCGGAAUUGGGGGAAUAUGGCUCUUAGCACAGAUUUGGCCUGGGCGAGUGCUGUGCAGCAUGCUGUGGAGAUGUUGGGGGUUAAACAUAUUAUUGUCUGUGGACACUAUGGAUGUGGAAUUGUCAAGACAGACUCGGCUACCAAUUCAGCAUACCCUUGGCAGAAGAAAAUAAGUACCCUAUGCUCAGCACAUCAACAUGAACUCGAAUGCCUCGCAGACAGUGAACGAAACAAACACUUGGUCGAACUGAAUGUCAUUAAGCAAAUGGAAGGCGUCAGGGAUUUACUCGAUAUCGUCAGCCCCGAGAAGAACCGAAGGAUAACUGUUCAUGGAUUCAUAUAUGACCGCAAAGGGCACAGGGCGAACAGAAUCCUUUUGAACUGA